AUUUAUUUUCAUAAAGCUUCAAUCUUUUAAAAUUUCUUCAAGUUUUUCUGUAUUUUCUUGAUUCUUGUGAUGUUUUCUUACAACCCCAUGUAAAAAUCUUGAAAAAAUUUGCAUCUUUUUUGGUUUAUUUUUGUGGGUUUUUAAUAUAUCAUUUAGUGUUGAAAUUUCUUGAAAUUUUAACAAAAAAAAAAAGUUUUUUUUUUCUAGGGGUGAAAAAUCUAGGUGGUGAAUGCAUGGAUCAUAGAAGGGAAGAAAUGGCAUCUUUCUACCUCAAUAGAGAAAGGGUUCAAAGAGGUGGGCUACAUGGCCCACCUGCUUUCAAGGCCCAUUCAAACCCUAAGAUGACUCAUGGUCAUGGUCUAGUAGUAACCAAAGUGGAACUCCCCAAAUCAUCUAAAAGUUACAUUAACUUUAGUGGUAGUGGUAGUAGUAGGGGUAGUUUGAGUGGGAGUGAUUCUCUUGGGAAGAAAAAGAGAGGCAGGCCUAGGAAGUAUACACCAGAUGAGUCACAAUCACAACCUGAUAUCAAGUUAAUAGGUGUCCCAUUUUCGGGUUUUUUUAGCCCGAAAAAGAACAGAGGGAGACCUCCUGGUAGUGGAUGGAAACAAAGACUUGCUAAUGUUGGUGAAUGGAUGAACAAUUCAGCAGGGUUGGCUUUUACACCUCACAUCAUCCAUGUACCAGUCGGAGAGGAUGUUGCCGAAAAGAUAUUAUCUUUUGCACGACAAAGGCCGAGGGCUCUAUGCAUCUUGUCAGGCAACGGAUCUGUUUCUGCAGUGACACUAAGUCAGUUUUCAUCUAAUGAGAGCACUGUGACCUAUGAGGGCCGAUUUCAGAUAUUAUGCUUAUCAGGUUCUUAUCUGCCUUCUGAAAAUGGUGGGGCCCAAAACCGGACAGGUGGUCUUAGUAUCUCAGUUUCUAGCAGUGAUGGUAAUGUCUUUGGAGGCGCCAUUGGUGGUAGUGUUGUCGCAUCCAGCUUAGUUCAGGUUGUGGUAUGUAGUUUUGUGUAUGGUGGUAAUAAUGUGAAAACAAAUACCAAAUCGGAAGCACCCUCAGCAGACAAGAAGAGUUCUGAUAUUCAGCUGAAUGAGGCUAGACCGAUAGCGGUUCCUUGGGAACCAGAUUCACCAGACAGACUGAGAAACUCACCUACUGAAAUUGACCUAACCCAUGGAUGAUAUAUUAUUAUCAGAAUGGUUGAUGUUUCUGUAUAGGUGUGUUGUAAAUGAAUGGUGCAGAGAACUACAAGAAAGAGAGAUCAUAAUUAUGCCCUCUGUAAUUUUUCCUUAUUUGUAGAUUAUAGAUGGGUUGGGCUAACUUAUCUGUAACCAGUGUCAACCAUAACGAAUUAGGAGAUUUUCUAGUUUCAGUGAUAGCCUACUCUUGAGAUGUGAUAAUGAAAAACCAAGGUUUUCUCAGCUAAUUUGAUGCAAGAUUCUGUUUAA